CUGCUUGAUGUGUGAAAAUAAAUGAUAAAAACUUGUGGUCCGUUGCGUCGGUUGAAAGGAUUAAAUUGUAUAUAAGAUGGCUAAUUUUACUGACGAUUUAUUUGACGUUUUUGACGAAACAGAUGAUAUACUAGAAAUCAUCCCGACCCCAGUGAAACCAAAGGAUGUAAAUACAACACCAAAUGAAAAGGAAACAAAUGCAGAAGGACUAAAACGAGAACUUAACAAUGAAUCGGAUGACAUAAUUUCUAAGAAAUUGAAGUUGGAUCCUGUCCUAGAAGAUUUAAAUAUAGAAGAACUAGCACCACGUAUUAAAAUACAUACCAUAGAAACAAUUGAAUCAUCUACUCAUGAGGUUGCUGUACCACCAGAUUAUGACUAUGUACCAUUGGAACAGAAACAAAGCAAACCAGCUAAGGAAUAUAAAUUUGUGUUAGAUCCUUUUCAAAAAGAAGCAAUAUUGUGUAUUGAGAAUAACCAGUCUGUUUUAGUUUCUGCACAUACAUCAGCUGGUAAAACUGUUGUUGCAGAGUAUGCUAUAGCAUGUUCAUUAAGAGACAAACAAAGAGUAAUCUAUACAACUCCUAUAAAAGCAUUGAGUAAUCAAAAGUAUAGAGAAUUCUAUGAAGAGUUCAAGGAUGUUGGUUUAGUGACUGGAGAUGUUACAAUUAAUCCAACAGCUAGUGUGCUUAUCAUGACUACUGAAAUUUUAAGAAACAUGCUUUACAGGGGAUCAGAGGUAAUGCGUGAAGUUGGUUGGGUAAUUUUUGAUGAAAUCCAUUAUAUGCGUGACAAGGAAAGAGGUGUUGUUUGGGAGGAAACAUUAAUAUUAUUACCUGACAAUGUACAUUAUGUAUUUCUUUCUGCAACUAUACCUAAUGCACGACAAUUCGUAGAAUGGGUUGCGGAUUUACAUAAACAACCAUGUCACGUUGUUUAUACAGAUUAUAGACCAACUCCUCUGCAACAUUACAUAUUUCCUGUUGGUGGAGAUGGAAUCCAUUUGGUUGUAGAUGAAAACGGACAGUUUAAAGAAGAAAAUUUUAACAGAGCAAUGGCUUGUUUACAACAUGGUGAUGCAGCUAAAGGAGACACUAAGGGUCGUAAAGGUGGUAUUCGUCCCUCAAAUGCUGGACAAACAAACAUUUUUAAAAUGGUGAAAAUGAUUAUGGAAAGAAAUUUUGCUCCUGUAAUUAUAUUUAGCUUUUCAAAGAAAGAUUGUGAAAUUUAUGCAAUGCAAAUGGCUAAAUUGGAUUUAAAUACAUUAGAGGAGAAGAAACUAGUAGAUGAAGUUUUUAAUAACGCAAUGGAUGUUCUUAGUGAGGAAGAUAGACGUUUGCCUCAAGUUGAGAACGUGUUACCUCUUUUAAGACGAGGUAUAGGUAUUCAUCAUGGUGGUCUUUUACCGAUUUUAAAAGAAACCGUGGAAAUAUUAUUUGGUGAAGGAUUGAUCAAGGCACUAUUUGCAACAGAAACUUUUGCAAUGGGUCUAAACAUGCCAGCACGAACAGUUUUAUUCACAGCAUCACGAAAAUUUGAUGGUAAAGAUUUCCGUUGGAUUACAUCCGGAGAAUACAUACAAAUGUCUGGUAGAGCAGGCAGAAGAGGUUUGGACGAAAAAGGAAUAGUAAUAUUAAUGAUAGACGAACAAGUUAGUCCAGUUAUUGGAAAAGCAAUUAUACAGGGAAAACCAGAUCCUAUUAAUUCAGCAUUUCACUUAACUUACAACAUGGUUUUGAAUCUGUUGAGAGUUGAAGAAAUUAAUCCAGAAUAUAUGCUUGAAAGAAGUUUUUAUCAAUUUCAAAAUCAAGCCUCUAUUCCUAUUUUAUACAAUAAGGUAAAAGAAUUGCAAGCUACAUAUAAUGCAGUAACUAUUGAUAAAUAUAGUCAGAUAUCUUCUUAUCACAGCAUACGUGAACAACUUGAACGCCUUAGUAUCGAAUUCAGAUCUUUUUUAACAAAACCAGAAUAUUUACUUCCAUUCUUGCAACCUGGAAGAUUGGUAAAAGUGAAAAAUGCAAAUGAAACGUUCGACUGGGGUAUUAUUGUGAACUUUAAAAAGAAAAAUCCCAAAAAUCCAACAAAAGAAAAUACAGUUAUUAUUAUUGAUAUCUUACUUCACAUUUCUAAAGAAUCUAGUGAAGGAUGCCCAGUGCCCUGUCGUGAAGGAGAAGAAGGCGACGUGGAAGUAGUUCCUGUCCUACAUACAUUAAUUUCUCAAAUUAGUUCACUUAGAUUAUAUUAUCCAAAAGAUUUAAGGCCAUCUGAUAAUAGGAAAAGUGUAUUAAAGACAAUACAGGAAGUCAAGAAAAGAUUUCCAAAUGGACCACCAUUAUUGAAUCCUAUUACGGAUAUGCACAUUGCAGAUGAAGGUUUUAAAGAUAUUAUUAAAAAGAUUGAAGUAUUAGAAGAAAAAUUAUAUGCUCAUCCUUUACACAAGGAUCCCACUAUAAAUACUUUGUAUGAACAAUUCCUUCACAAAGAGGAGUUGGGGAAUCAAUUGAAACAAGCCAAGUUGGAAUUGAAACAAGCUAAAUCCAUACUUCAAAUGGAUGAAUUAAAAUGUAGAAAACGUGUACUGCGAAGAUUAGCCUACUGCACAGCAUCAGAUGUUAUAGAAUUAAAGGGUCGAGUAGCUUGUGAACUUAAUGGAGCUGAUGAAUUGUUGAUGACAGAAAUGAUCUUUAAUGGAUUGUUUAAUUCCUUAAGCGUACCUCAAAUGGUAGCGUUGAUUAGUUGUUUCGUUUGCGAUGACAAAUCAAAUGAAAUGCCCAAAAGUACUGAAGAAUUAAGCGGUCCACUUCGACAGAUGCAAGAUUUGGCACGAAGAAUAGCAAAAGUAUCUACAGAGGCUAAUUUAGAAUUAGAUGAAGACGCAUACGCAGAAAGAUUUAAACCAUAUUUAAUGGAUGUUGUAUAUGCUUGGUGUAAGGGUGCUAGUUUUUUAAAAAUUUGUAAAAUGACGGAUAUAUUUGAAGGUUCAAUUAUACGAUGUAUGCGGCGUUUGGAAGAAGUUCUUAGACAAUUAUGUCAAGCAGCAAAAAACAUUGGAAACACAGAUUUAGAAAAUAAAUUUAGCGAAGCGAUUAAGCUUAUAAAACGUGAUAUUGUUUUUGCUGCAUCUUUGUAUUUAUAAUAAAAAUUUAUAGGAAAAUUUCCUUUUAUUUAAAA